AUGAAUCCGUAUAAAGAUGUAGAAGAGAGUUCCUUCGUCGCUGCACCACAUCUUACAUAUGAAGAUAUCGCUACUAAGCUACUUAAGGAUAACUUAUUUUUAACUGCCCUAGAACUUCAUACGGAACUUGUGGAAAGUGGCAAAGAGUUACCUCAGUUGAGAGAAUUCUUUUCAAAUCCUGGAAAUUUCGAACAGCAUGUUUCACGAGCUUCAGAAAUUGGAACUAUUAAUCGAACUCCAAGUUUAGCGACAUUGGAUUCGCUGGAUACAGCAAGAUACUCUGAGGAUGGAGGUGGUGAUCGAGCGGGUAGUGGUUGUGAUGUUGCAGUUUUAGAAUUUGAACUGAGAAAAGCAAGGGAAACAAUUAAUUCCUUACGAGCUAAUCUAACACAGUUUGCUGAUGAAUCACCUCUCGACAAGAAUAGUUCCGAGGCUGAUAGUCAAAGGACACUUAAACCACAUGAGAAAAAAGCUCUCAAUUUUCUUAUAAAUGAAUAUCUUCUUCUUCACAAUUAUAAACUAACAAGCAUUACAUUUUCUGAUGAAAAUCCAGAUCAGGAAUUUGAGGAUUGGGAUGAUGUAGGUUUAAAUAUUCCCCGACCAGCAAACCUUAUGUCUCUAUUCUGGGGAAGUACACGAAGUUUAAGUGUACCGAAGGUAGAUGUUGCUACAUACACAGAUUUCUCAUGCACAGACAACGAAUGCCAAACGGAUUUGGAUGACAAUGUGUGUGUGAGUUGUCAGACUUUAGACCAUGAGACAGAUUGGAGCCAUGAGGUAGAAGAGAUAGAACUAUUGAAACAGAAAAUAAUAGCGCUCGAAACGGAAAAAUUAAAUUUCCAAAAACUGUAUGAUGCUGCCAUUGUGAGUCUCAACACAUUAACAAGUCCGAUGUCGGAGAGUAAAACACUCGAAUUACAAAUACCAGAUGAAAAACUCAAUUCGAAUUUGAAAGAGCAUUUAGAAGAUAUAAAACCUCUUACGUGCAUGGCUUUGGAAAAUCAUUAUGGGAGCGGAAAUUCAACCCACAGUGCUACACCUGAGCAAUUUGAAAUGAUUUAUGGUGAUAAGAAUAAUUGCAUGUCAAAAAAGGAUGGUUCAAACACCAGUUCAUUUGAUCCGGCAGUAUUGGACAGUGUCCGAGGCUCACCGAGACGAGCAAGUGUCACCACAUUGGAUGAAACUCUCAGCAUUAAUGAUGCUGGCGAAUGGACCAGGGUUCACUAUGAAUAUAACACUGUAGACAAUAACAAAGAAAUGUGGAUCGAUAGUGGUAUACCAAGUGCCUUGAAGGAUUUGAUAUUGGGUUGGUGUAAUGAGGCGUUAGGGACAAAUGGAUCAAUUAACAACGAUUUACUUUUAGAUCUUGUUAAUAGUGACAAAACAAUCACAUUGUCUGGAUUAUUACCACUAGUAGCGGACACACUACCAAGGGUGCUCCCCCAUACUCUCGUGUCUCGUCGCGGCGAGGCCGCGGCCCUACUGGCCGGUGCAGCAGCCCUACUGUCUCCAGGUGACGCCAGGCGCUCCAGACUCCUGCAUACACUACUCACACUAUACAAGAAACCUGAUCCUGAAGACGCGAAGAUCAUAUGUGAAGCAACACGUCUCGUUGUGAAGUGGGGCGGUAGUGGGGAGGUUUUGUCUUCUAUAGCUGAGCUGUUAGGUUCAAGGUCAUCUGAGCGAAGAGUUCUAGCCAGCCAAAUAUGCUUGGCUAUAGCGCCUUAUGUGCCCAUAGAGUUAUGCACUUCACUGUUACUGAGUUUAGUGAUGUUAAUGAGUGAAUCAAGUGAAAUAGAAGUGAGGAAUUUCGGCCUAAGAGCAGCCUGCCUCAUAUGUCCAGUGGCUGAACACAAGUAUGGACAGUUGGAGAAUUGUAUGUUUAACUUCUUGAGAGACAAAGAUGAGAAGAUAGUUAAGGAUACAGUCAAUAUUUUUGUUCCUGUUCUAGCGAGGACUGCUAUCAUAUCUGGUAAAUUCUCAACGGAUUUAUUCAGCAAGGUGCUAUCGAAUUUGAACAAAUCUGCCUCAGAUAGUGAAUGGAAGACAAUGAUUCUUUAUUUAGAGGUCCUACAGUCAUUGGCAUCGGCUGAGCUAGUGUAUGUAAUGAGUGUACAGCUAGUAAGGGAUGUGAAUUGUGAUAUUGUUAUGUCCGAAGUACCAUUGAGUGAUCAAAUAGAUGUAUAUUACAUGAGUGAAUCUGAUAAAGUGUUGUGUGUGGCAAUGAACCGUCUGUUGAAGGAAGAUCCUCAUAUAAGAUGGAGCGAACUAGAGUGGUUCAUUGAUGUAACAAAACAAAUUUUAGAUAUAGGAAUCAAAUACAAGGCGUUGAACCAUGCUGCGGUAUAUGAAACACUUAUAACAUUGUUCCAUACAUAUGUUGUUAAAUUUGGUCAUGACUUCACAAGCUCCAUACUCAACGGCAUAUUUACUGAGAUUAUAUUAGAUUUAGAGAAUAAAUUAGAGAAAUUACACGCAAUAAAUGUUGAAAGUAUGGUUGUUGUGGGCAUAUAUCUGGCGACUGUUUUGAUUGAAGUAGAAUCCAUCGAUCAACAAUCGGAGUUCUUACAGAAGUGGACUAUGUAUAGCAGUAUAAGGGGAUUACCACCAAAAAUAUUGUCGAUUCCAUUGAAAUGGUUAUCUCAACAGAGGCCUGACACUCUAAACACAUAUAUACAUCAUUUACGAGAAUUUGCAGCGAGCAGCUGUGACUCAUCAAGCGGCAGUACAAUACGAAUGUUCAUAGCUAACCUCAUAACGGAGUUCGUAAACACGACGGACGUCAGCGAGGACUGUAUCCACAACCAGCUGUUGCCGGCCGUCAUCGCACUGCUAUAUGAUGAUGACGUAUCCGUCCGCGAGGCGGCGAUAUCGUCGUGGGGCAGUGUGUCAAGGUCGUGUGUGAGUCGAGGGUUGUCCUGUACUAAGAACUGCUGGCCGGCCUUCGAAGAGUUAGUACGGAGACCUCUAGCGGGCAGAGAGGCUGCGCGGGCGGCUGAGGCACUCGCUAUGUUAUUACUACCCACAGACGGACAUACAGUUUGCGAAAAAGCGGUGUCGGUGCUAUGCUCGUUGUCUAUGGCCGUGUCUAUGGUCGAUAGUGAAGUGAUGUCGUCUUUGGCACCAGCGCUGCAGCUAGCGUCACAUCACUGCCCUCAACACCCAGCCUUAUUACCAACUCUCAGGAAAUUAGAGGAAAUCGUCCAAUCACCUUCCAUGGCCCAAUACAAGCCAUCAAUAGAAGCCCUUCUCCACGUGGCCGGUACUGACGCUGUAGACAGUUCUCCUCGGCCAAGCAACCUUCACACAGCACAGGAAGUAGGCAGACGAGUCACACAAAUCUUCCAACAAUCAAAAACAAACAUAAACCUUCCAAAUAUAUUUAGAAAGAAAACUUAG